AUGGAGGUGAGUGAAGGUGGUAAGGGUGAUAUGUGGAGAGGUGAUAGAGAGUGUGGAGGUGGAGAUGAAGAUAGAGGUAUGGAAUGUAGAUGGAAUGUAGGGGAGUGUAGAUUGAGUGUAGGAGGAAUGUAG